CAGGUGUGCAAAAUACAGUAAAUUAGAGGUAUUUUUGGUGGAUGUGGCAACGUGGCGACUGCGCGGAAUUUAACGGAGGUGAAUUUUCCACCGCAAGGAAAAUCUCGACGGGUUUUCGCCAGUUCGUCCUCUGAAGGCGGACGCGACGUUUUCCGGGGAUCCGUGCUGCUGCGAAUUUCCCGGCGGAAAAACGGACGCGUUUCGAGCGUUUUUCCCGGCCGUCUCGUGCGAAAGGAAAUUCGGAAAAUUGGAAGACGGGGAUUUUAGUUGUCUCACUUUGCGACAACUGCGACUCAUGAUGAAGCUUUGUGAUGCAUAACGACAAUGCUAUGAAGGUGCCCCUGUAUGUUCUACUUGUAAUAGAAUCAACUCUAAUUGCAGCAGGUGUGGCCGUUCAUCCGGGUUGCGAAUGCAUCGUAUUUUCGAAGGUGCACGGCAAAGAGAAAGGAUCUUUCAAGAGUCCGGAUUUUCCCAAGCCGUACGCCUCGAACAUCGAUUGCCUGCUAUACACCUUCGUCGGCGACGAAGACGAAAUCGUCGAGCUGGCCUUCACCGAUUUCGACGUGCACAAAACGGCCGACGACUGCAUCUCGGGCGAUUACUUGAAGGUGUUCAUGCAUUUGGAGGGUCACAGCGUGAACGAGUAUACCCCGUGGGAGAGCGUCCUGUGCGGAGGAUACGCCGACAUUCCAGCCGUUAUUUAUUCCUCCGGAUCGGUUUUAGUGCUGGCAUUCCAUUCGGGGGCGCGUACGGCGAACGCCAGCGGGUUCCUGGGGACUUUCAGGUUCUUACAAAAAAAGCUUUUCCGUACGGACGGUUGGAAAUUACCCAGCACAUCUUGCGACUACGAAUUUUACAGCUCCGACCACUCUCUUCUGCAAGGAAAAUUCUACUCUCCCCGAUUCCCAUCGAGCUAUCCCACCAACAUUAGAUGCACCUACAAAUUCCAAGCCAGGUACAAAGAACGAGUUCGCAUACUUUUCGAAGAAGUAGCUUUACAAAAAGGUGACAUAAGCUGUUUGAAUCGAGCCGACAUCGUCCGCGUGUUCGACGGCAGCGCCUCCGCCGAUCCCUCCAUACGGAUCCUCUGCAACGAGAACUCCGGGGCCGAAAUCCUCUCCUCCGGCCCUGACUUAUUCAUCGAAUUCAUAGCCAAUUCCGACCGGCCGGGUCGCGGCUUCAAAGGGAAAUAUCAAUUUCAACGAAGCGAUAGCACAGCCGUCGCUCGAAAUCCUGGAGAACUUCCCCCAUCCACUGAGACUGAACCAAACGUUAGAGAAACACGUUCUAGUUGUGAUGUAGCCAUAAGUAGCGAUUCGAGUAGAAACGGAAGCAUAACUAGCCCUUCUUAUCCGUCACCUUACCCGGCGAAGACGACGUGCACGUACGAGUUCCAAGGCAGAGGCAAGGAGAGGGUGCAGGUCGCGUUCCACGAUUUUAAUUUGUACGUUCCCAAUGGGAAUUCGAAAAAUUGCGAUGACGCCGAUUCCUUGGGCGUUUACAUCCACAUCGACGGUCGCAUCGAGAAAAUCGACAGCUUCUGCGGCGCCGUGACGCCCAAGCCGGUCAUGUCGAACGGUCCCCGUUUGAAGCUCGAAUUCCAAAGCUUCCACACGUCCAGGUACUCCAGGGGAUUCAAGGCUACCUACGCUUUUAUGGAAAAUUUCGGAAUAAGAACCGGCAAUCAAUUGUCUAUUUAUCCAUGUGCCUUCGAAUUUAACAGUAACGAAUCGAAAGAGGGGCAUUUCUCCAGUCCCAACUACCCCGGUUAUUAUCCGCGAGACACGGAAUGCCACUAUUUCUUCAACGGGAACCUCUCGGAGAAGGUCCGCUUGCACUUCGAUUAUUUCGACGUGGAAGGCGUUUUACCUUGCGACGCGGUCUCGGCCAGCGACUACGUGGAGUUUUCGAAUUACGUGACGAAGGACAAGAAGUUCUCGAGGUAUUGCGGGCAGCUGAAGGAGUUCGACGUGGAAUCGGACAGGCAAUAUUUCAGGGUGACGUUUCGAUCGAACGACAGGCUCGACGGUACCGGGUUCAACGCGACCUAUCGCUUCGUAAUGGGCAAGGAGGGCAGGAAGAAGCCGGCUAAUGUUUUGAAUUCGUCGAAUUGGGAUAGAGGUACUUGUUUAUGGAUACUCCUGUGCGUAAUUUCGAUGACCAAAAUUUCUACAUAAUCAUUCGCGAUAGGGAAAAGAAUCACUAAGGGAACACCGGAGCAAUAUUUUUCCACAAAUUGUUUUUUUUUUCUGUUUAAGAUCAUUCGUUUUAUUUAUUUAACAGAUCAAUUGAGAAAUGAUACAUAUUUAAGACUGUACAUAUACUUAUAGUUACUUACGUUAUGUUUGUCUGUUUAAAUUUGUAUCCUAUUAUUAUUGUAAAUAUA